CCCACCCGCUCGCCUGCUCACCCCGCGGUCCUGUCCCUGCUCUGUCCGCUCGCGUCGCCCGUGUGGAACCAGCUACCUGAGCUGCCCGGGCGGCUGACGAGGGGCGAGCGGGCUUCGGCGAGCCCGAGGAGGCGCAGGCCUGCCCGGGCCCGGCAGGUCAGUGUGAAGGUCUGUGUGUCUAUCCCCAGCACUCUACAAGGCUAGAAAAGGAGGAGGAACCUAUCCAGAAUCCCUGCAGGACAAGGAAAAGAAGGGGAAAUCUCAACAUGGAAAAACUCUACAAUGAAAAUGAAGGAAAGCUGGAAAUCAAGGGACAGCCAGAAGAUGAAGUAGAGCCUGAAGAUGAAGGAAAAUCAGAUGAGGAAGAAAAGCUGGAAGAGGAAGGGAAGCCAGGGCAUGAGGGAAAGCUCCAGAAUAAGGGACAGCCAGAUGAUGAGGGAAAGCAAGAAAAGCAGGGCAAGUCUGAAAAUGAGGGAAAACCACAUGGUGAGGGCAAGCCAGAAUCCCAGGCAAAGCCUGAGGAUGAGCCACGGGCUGCCGAAAAGCGCCCAGCUGAAGAUUAUGUGCCGAGGAAAGCAAAAAGAAAAACGGACAGGGGGACGGACGAUUCCCCCAAGGACUAUCAGGAGGACUUACAGCUAAAGCACUUGGGAAGUGAGGAGAUGAUGAGAGAAUGUGGAGAUAUGUCAAGUGCUCAGGAAGAAUUAAGGAAAAAACAGAAAAUGGGUGGUUUUCAUUGGAUGCAAAGAGAUGUACAGGAUCCGUUUGCCCCAAGGGGGCAACGAGGUGUCAGGGGGGUGAGGGGCGGAGGUAGAGGCCAAAGGGGUUUACAUGAUAUCCCAUAUCUUUAAUGCCUUUGGCCUUCAAUUCUAACUUCUCUAAUGAGAAUAUUGCUGACCCUGCUUUCCCUGGCAGGCAUUUGCCAGGCUAUGUGCUUUAACCUUAAGCUGAUACUUUGCUUUAGGUGUCACUUUUGUUACCAGCAGCCUUUUGAUCCAAUUACAGUGUUCUCUGUCUUUCAGUAAGGGAUUUUAACCCAUGUGCAUGGAAGAAAUAUUCAUGGUACACUGUAAAAUAACAAUAAAAAAGUUUUCA